GCCCCGUCCGGCGCGGCCUCCCUUUCUCCGUUCUCCCCGCGCCCGGGACCCGAGCCGACGUCCUCGCCAGCUUUCCGGUCGGAACAUGGGCUCUGCCGAUCGCCCCGCGCUGAGGUCGCCGUCGUCGCCGCCACCCCCUCCAUCGCCGCCGUCGCCGCUGCUGCUGCUGCUGCCCCUGCUGCCUCUGUGGCUGGGCCUGGCGGGGCCGGGAGCCGCGGCGGACGGCAGCGAGCCGGCGGCCGGGGAGGGGCGAGGCGGGGCCCGCGCAGUGCGGGUGGACGUGAAGCUGCCGCGGCAGGACGCCCUGAUUUUGGAGGGCGUCAGGAUUGGUCCCGACGCCGGCCCCGAGCCACUGCUGGGCGGCCGCCUGCUGCUGAUGGACGUCGUGGAUGCUGAGCAAGAGAUACCCGAGGAUGGCUGGAUUGCAGUGGCAUAUGUGGGCAAAGAGCAGGCCGCCCAGUUCCAGCAGGAGAAUCAAGGCAGCAGCCGGAAGGCAUAUCCCAAGGCCCUGGUCCAGCAGAUGCGCCGAGCCCUCUUCCUGGGAGCCUCUGCCUUGCUUCUCCUCAUCUUAAACCAUAGUGUGGUCCGAGAGUUGGACGUAUCGCAGCUUCUGCUGAGGCCAGUGAUUGUUCUCCAUUAUUCUUCCAAUGUCACCAAGUUACUGGAGGCGCUUCUGCAGAGGACCCAGGCUACUGCUGAGAUCACCAGUGGAGAGUCCCUUUCAGCCAACAUCGAGUGGAAGCUGACACUGUGGACCACCUGUGGCCUCUCCAAGGACAGCUAUGGAGGAUGGCAGGACUUGGUGUGCCUGGGAGGCGGUCAGGCCCAAGAGCAGAAGCCCCUGCAGCAGCUAUGGAACGCCAUCUUGCUUGUGGCCAUGCUCUUGUGCACAGGCCUUGUGGUUCAGGCCCAGCGGCAGGCAUCAAGACAGAGCCAGCAGGAGCCCGGAGGCCAGGGGGACUUAUUCAAACGCCGUGUGGUUCAGAGACUAGCAUCCCUCAAGACCCGGCGCUGCCGGCUGAGCAGGGCAGCACACAGCCUUCCAGAGCCUAGCACUGAGACUUGUGCUGUUUGUCUAGAUAACUUCUGUAACAAGCAGUGGCUCCGGGUCUUGCCGUGUAAGCAUGAGUUCCACCGAGACUGUGUGGACCCCUGGCUGAUGCUACAACAGACCUGCCCACUGUGCAAGUUCAAUGUCCUGGGGAACCACUACUCAGAUGACUAACUACCCCAGUGGGGAUUCUGCACUCUGGGAUGGACCCUUCCCAGCCUCCACUACAGGACAGUGGGAUGGACAGACCAGCUAGCCCAGUGGGCAAAGUGAAGGUUCCAUCAUACCCAUGAGGGGUAGGAGGAGCUCACAGCCCCAGGCUGAAGAUGCAGAGCCAGGAUCUACCGGGCAAGGAGAAACCAUUAGAGCCCUUCUCUGCAACCCUGGAAAUC